AAGUAAUUUAUUUUUACCAUGACUUUUUUAGUUUUAAAAAAGCCGUGACUCGUUACAACAGCAUUAAGGUCUUUUGUGAACCAUGUAGUUUGUGUGUCUUCAGUAAAUCCGACUUUUAUACGCUAGUUGCCUUCUUUUCCACAUCUUAUGCACGUUAUCCAAUCUAGGUCUAAUGAUAAGGGUGGCUAACUCAUUGUGUCUAUUCAUUAUCUCUUGUACUUAACACCGAUUUUUUAUGCUCUGUCCCUAUUGAAUCAUAAUUGUACGAAGUCAUCUUCCAGAAAACUAUGGAAGAAUGGUCAUCCGGUUCCUGAACAUAUUUUUUGCAUAUCUGUGUCUUGGUAUGCCAGUUGGAGGGAACUCUCCAAGUGAAGACAAAUCACACAUUACUCAGUAUGUACUCAAAGUUGACCAAAACAGCAAUGUGACGUUGCCUUGUCUGUAUGAUAAGCAUGUGACUACUGUUGCAACAGGCUCUUUAGCCUGGUUUCGAGAGGGUAAAAAUGAGAAAAGUAUACAUCAUUCAAAGGUGCUACCAAACGGAUCGUUGUUCCUAAUAGAUGUUAGCAUUAUGGAUGAAGGUGUCUACAAAUGUGUCAUGCAGGGUGAAAAAGACACUGAUUUGUCUAUUGCAACCCUAAAUAUUCGCAGUACUCCUGGUCUGAUCAAAAAUAUAACUGUCAUUCCAUCUAGUGUAUUAGCUGUUGUGAGGUGGGAAAAACCAGAAAAUGGAGGCUACUCUAUCACAUCCUAUACUUUAAGAUAUCGCACUUUGGAUGAGGAUAUAUGGCAAUCUUUUAUGUCAGGUCACAUACCUUCAACCAUCAAUCAAGUGGAUGUUUAUAAGCUUGAGCCCAACACCACCUAUGUUUUUCAAAUUUGGGCCAACAACAAGUUGGGCUCUGGCACAGUGAAUGAAUUAGAAUUCACCACUCAGCACAGUCGGAAGGAAGUUGAGUUGGCAAGGCAUUUACUGGUUGGUGCUGAGACUUUUGACACAAGGACUUGGCUGGUUGCAGUUUUCCUAGUUUUCAGUGCAUUAAUUUUCCUUGGUUUUGGAACAUGCUUCAUUUUCUAUAGAGAAUACCGUAAAUCAUCUUCCAAAGAAAAUGGGGAUGAAGACACAGAAGAAGUAAUGGAGCUUGUCCCUCAUAUUAUUACAAACCCAGGUUAUCAUGAUGAAAAUCAACGGUGGUCCACCUCUGAACCUGAUGAGGAAUUUUACCAGAUAACAUUUCACCUCAAUAAUUCGGUGCAGUUAACUAACAAAUCAAAAUCGGUAAACAUAUAAGAUUUAUUUGUUUCUUCAGUUUUUCUCUUUACCACUGAGAAAUUUACCUCAGUUGGAAGAGAAUUAUCUCUAAAAAUAUGCUCUGCGCUUUAGUAGUAAAGGAACAUUUUGAAACUGAGUUGUUGCAAAUGAACAGAUUAAUUGACGUUGUUUAUCCUUCCCUCCCAUGACCUCAACAUUUCCUCUGCCUUAAAAAUGAGGGCUUAGCAAGCAAGUGGAUUUUAAUAAUACAUUUUAAAAUCCAAAUCACUUCUGGUGAUGGUUGAAAAACUUAUCAGUACUAGGUAUCCUCUAAAUACUUAAAAUUAUAAAAACAUAUAUUUAUAUGUAUGUGUACAUAUUCUUCUUUUUUUUUUGUAAUCAUGAAUGUUGAAGGAUAAGACUGAUCUACUGAUUCAUUUGUAACACUUUUUUGUUAUUUGUUGCAUUUUUUUAUUGUUCUGGUUUUUUUCCCCUUCUUUUUUCCCCCUCCGUUUUGUUUGGAAAGAAAGGAUACAAUUUUGGACAAAAUUUUGUCAUAAAAUUUGGAGUUUUCCAGUAACAAGAAUACUUCCUUCAUUAUGCAGCUAAUUGCUUUCCUCUUAGCGUCUAGAAAAGUUGAAAAUGCUACGGAGCACCCCAAUAAUUACAAAUAAUCAAAAGGUGAAUUUUAAAUUGAAACAUAAAAGUUUUACUGCAGGAAGGAAAUGUAUAGCAUUCCAUGUUUUGAAGUUUGCAUUAUUGUUCUAUGCUUUCAGCGGAAAUUUUUUUCAAACACCAAUUUUUUAUUUUGAAAAUUCCUGAAAAUCUGACAUUGUUGAGGUUACAGCAAUCAGUUUUCUCAAGUACUUGAUGUGUAAUCAUUAACCUCACAGAAUUUCUUUUUUUAAUGACUUGCUUUUGGAUACUUGAGCAUUUUAUCAAUUUGGAUCAAUUGUAACUCCUCAGAUCUGACUCUUCCUAUCCCAACAAGAAAUUUUAAAUUUGCAGCUCCUCCUCUUUCAUUCAUUUAUUUACUAUUUAAAUAAUUUCAUUUAUAGGACAGAGAAAUAUUUUCUUUGAAUUGUCCAAUAAUACUUCUUGAAGCAGUACAAAUCAAUUCUUUGAAUGUUUGAGAUUUCAGUUGACAAUAAAACAGCUUAAGCGCUUUAUUUUCAUACAAAAGUAAGUACAGUUUUUCAAUGUUUCCUCGAUAAUUUUCUAAGUUGUCUCUACUGAAAAUGAGUCUGUUUUCUACUUUAAUUCAAGAAAAUUCCAUGUUUUUUCUCACACUGAAUCCAACUUCAAAGCAAUGCAUCUCGUAUGUACAGAGCUUUAUUUCGGUACAAAAGUCUCCGACACUUCUUCAUGAAAUUUCAGCUUUUACUAUCUUCAUCUAUGGGUUGAGCACUGUUUACUUGUUUUUUUCAUCACUAACUAUUAAUUGAAUAUUGGUUGUAAUGACUGAAAAUAGUCACUUCAUGAUUGAAGACUUAUUAUACUCAUGUUUCCAUAAAUUUCACUGUCAUUAUGCUUAAGUCAAUCAGCAUUUUCUUUCCAGCGAACAAAACUUCUUGGUUUUAGGUAAUUCCUGAUUUUAUAGAAGAUAAUAAUGUCAUUACUGUGCAUUGUAAAUUUGUAUGCUAAUUAGAAGAAAUACUCGCUGUAUGAUCUAGCAGCUCUUUCUUUUGGCACUAUGACCGACUUAAAUUUACGACCAAUUGUGGUGAUUCUGUGAUGCAAAUCAAUUCGGACACUAUGCUCAUGAAUCCUGGAAUUAAGGGUUUAAUUUUUAAUUUCUAUGUUGAACAUUUUAAGUUUGAAGCAUAGCUUUUCAAAAACAGUCUGAGAAAGGUGCACUAGACUCUACACUCUGCAUCUGUUUAUAAUUUGAAUUCUUCACCUCAUGUAAUUUCUUAACUAUUUGUGUUUCCUCACUCUGAUGAGGUUACUCUCCAAGGGUUAUUCAAAUUGUAAUUGUACCUCUAGGGCUGCUUUCAAUUUUGACAAUGUUGACCAUUAAAAUGAAAUUGUACAUGAAUGAAUUUCAACAAUUUGAAUACAACACAUUUACAUCACAAUACAUACAAUUUCUCUAAUUAAAGUAAAUGCAUCUGGGUGCUUAUAAUCUCACCAGAUUAGUGUCUGGUAGGCUGUGCAAUAGGUUUUUUGAAUCCAGGUAAAUUUCCUUUCUUCCAUUUGUUACUGAGUGUGACAAAUAGAGAUUCAUUUUUCCGUUGAAAGUAGGAUUGGCAGUCAGCUCUGUGCUGUUUUCAAUCUGUGCCUUAAACACUUGUCGAAAAAUUGAAAGGAGUCAUUUUUCCCCCUGCAAUCAAACUUGUGUGAUCGGUUUUUUUUUUUUUUUUUUUAAUUCGCUUGCACAAUUUGAUUUGAACACUUGUGAACCUGAUUAUCAAUGUAGGUUUAAAUGACUAGUGCCCCAGGCAAUUUUCAUGUGUACAAGUUUGAACUCAAAUCAUUCUGUUUUCAAGCUCUAAAUGGUGUUUCUUCAACUAUUUGUACCAUAUCUCUGUUGUUUUAUUAACUAGUUUGAUAAUAACACUUAAAUUACUGUUGCGGAUAUGUCUAAUUUCUUGUUAACACCUCAUAUUACUCUCUGUCAACCAUUCCUUUAAAUGUUUUGUACAAGGAAGGAAGUGGUAAGUUAAUUUUCCAUCUUCAGGUAUUUCCCAGCUAGUCAAGUUGAAGGGCUGUGACCAAACAAAAAUGUAUUCUCUCCUCUUCCCCCUCAAGCGAAAUUUCUCAGAAUACUCGUAGUUAUUUCUGUUGUACAAGGAUUUUGAGUGUAUGUACAAAGUGAUACAUUUUUGGAAAAUCGCUUGGGUGCCCUGCAUUGCCAAGGAUGUUUUUUUAAUUUCACAGUCUGACAUCCAGAAAAGCCAAUAUCUCUGUAGUAUUGUCUUGUUGCAGAAUGAUGGUGAAUAGAAAAACAGUGAAUUGGAGAGGAACGCAAUGGAAGCUUGUCAACUCUAGAAAUGAUUCAUUUCAAAUGCUUAUAAAACUACAUAUAAUUCAACUACAAACAGUUCUCAAGAGUAUCAGAGGGUUUUAGCAUCAAAAACUGCAAGUCAAUAUUUCACACCCCAAGAGGGUUUUUUUUUUUUUGCUGUAGUAGGUAUUUUUAUUAGUUUGCCCCUUAAACGCCCCUCUGUGUGACCAUCUUAAUUUAAUUUCAAAAAAAUAUUUAGUUUGUAUAAUCUAUUCUUUUUUUAACUGUUUGUUAGUGUUUUAAAGGCUUUACUCCUGGCAUUGAACUCCAUUUAUAUUUCAAAACCUGCAAACUACAUUCAUGAAACCCCGAUUAACUCUGAUGGGAUCUUUUCGAACCCUGUGCCUUCCUUUCUUUCCUGUCAAAAUGCUUUCUGAUGCUAGUCAUAGUUUUUUAUUUCAGUGUAUGCUAUUCUGCUCCCUUUUUUAGACCUCCUUUUAUUUCUACCUGAUAUUAACUUUUAUAGUUAGCCUGUAUCAUAAUAGAAUAGGUGUAUAGCAUGUAGAAAAAUUCUUCAGUCUGCGGUUUAUUUCAAACUAAAGUGUAAGCACCGUAAGAUUGUCGUCAGGUGGUAACUCGUACAUGAGAGUCAUGUUCUCUGCAGCACCCUGUACCAUGAGAAAGAACUGUAUAUUAUCGGUAAAAUAUUAAGUUCCUCUGAACUUUCUACACAUCUGUUCUAUCCAGCUAAGUAACUAUUUGCUGUAGUGCAAUUUGUUGCCGCAAUUUAUUGAUUGCAGAUAGAUUGUUUACUGUACACGUUUCCAAUCUAUAUUACAGUAGAUCGCAUACUGAAGUUAUUAAUUUUAAUAAUGAUCUUAAAAAAGCUUGUGAUAUUGUGCAUAAUCUUCGUUGUUUAAUUCGCAAUUCGGAAUUAUCAGUCUGCUUUGUCAUGUAUUUGAUUUUCGUAAGUUAUUUUUGAAAUGAGUAAUAUUAGUACCUGUGACAAAAUUGAUGCUAUUGAUGUAUUUUACUAAGCGCCUCUUUUUGUAUCCUCCAUUUUACUGAUCUAAUACUUGUAGAAAGGUUGUGAAUUUUGAAUUUUUCAUGUGAAAGACAUAUCGGUGAAUGUACAGAAAUAUCUUGAUUAAGUAUCUCUAGGAUCAAGCUUUGGGUAGCAAUGGUCUAAGUCAUCAUGCUAGAAAAAUAAUGUUGAUUUUUAAUCACUAUUUUGUAAACUAGAGUUAGGGUAAUAUUUAUUCGCUAUGGUUUCUGUAUUAAAUGUAUCUAGCUUUAAGUCUUUUGUAUUUUUUUUUUAACCAAAAGUCACUAAUUUUAAUAUUGCAAAUUUAUUAAUGUUUUGUUGCUUGUAUUUUGCUAGUAUUUAAAAAAAAUUGAGCUAUAACAGUGAAUUUUCAUCAGGAAUGGAUCAGCACUGUUUUGUACCACAAUCAUUGUAGUUUCAUAACGUGGGUAUAAUUGGCAAGACCUUAACAUAAGAUUUCUCACAGGGGAAGUGGGGUGCAUGGUUUUGUCUUCAAGAGUAUAAUAUUAUGUAUUUAUUUAUGAUCUUCAUCAACAAAACUUGAAUUUUUGUUCUGACCAUAGUGAAAAUUCUUGCUAACAUGUUGAAGUAUGAUCUUAAUAUCACCAUCAAAAUUCUAUGAUCUCUUUCAUACUUUUUUUGCCAUUUCCUUUGCAAGUGGGUGUGUGCAGCUUUUAUUCUAAGGGAAUAAUCAGCACUACAAGACAAAUUUUAAAAAUGGUGCAAUGGUUCUAGUGCUGAUCUAUUCUGUUUCUGAGACCUACAAUAAGAAAUUGAGCUUCAUUUUAUGUAUCUCUUUGUCUUAAAUUUUUUAUGACAAAAGUUUGUUUUUAAUCACAUUUUAUUAGUACCCCAGAGCCAAAACAUACCCAACUCCAUUUCAACCAUUUAAAUAUAUAAAGGAUACUGCAUAUUGGGAAGCCCAUUAAAAUCACAAUUUUUGGACCGUUAUAUCUCUCACAAUCACUGAUGGAUCAGGGCACUAAAUUUUUUAUGCGUCAGGAACUCUUGUUGGAGACUUCCAAAAUACUAAUAACUAACUUUAUCCAUAAAUAGGAGUUGGGUACCUUUUAGCUUCAGGACCGUACUAUGAGGGUAGCCAUUAUGAUUAUUUCUCUGGUGUUGUUCAAUACUGCCUUUGUUAUAGUGCAUCAAUUUUUAAAGCUAGGCAAUAGCUCCUCAAUUUUUAGAUAAACGUCAUCUGGGAAGCAGUUAUGUGCAUUAAACUAGUAUAUUAUACGUUUCUUUUUUCAAGCACCUAAAAAAGUAAUAAAAGUGGUUGUUACAAUAAUAAACAUUAGCAGAGCACCUUGUAGAUUAAAUUUAAUGUUGCUAACACUUGUUUCCUAAAGUGUAUUUCUUUUUUUAGUCUAAGUACUAACUUUGUAACAAUAUAACAUCUCAGGAUAGACCACCAAAGUGCUAAGGUACUAACAAAACAAUACAGUAAAGGUUGUAAGAUUAGAAGAAUUUUUUUGUAUUUAGUAAUUCUCUCAAUUCAAAUCAAGUUUUUCAAAAGUGUUUCCAUGACCAGUUUAUUGUUCUUAUUUGAAAAUUAAAUGUUCAUUAGUAUUAUUUUCAGAAAAUACGUUUUCUCUCACAAUUAGAGUCUGGAUAGCAUCAAAUUUUGAAUGGAUGCCAUAUUUUGCUUUGCUUGAACAUUUUCUUAUUGUAAGCCUUCAUUAGAAAGUAUGUGACUUCCAACGGCCACUGUGAAGGAAAUAAUUAAAUCAAUACUAUCUCGAAGUUUCCGGAAGGUCAGUAUAUUUAUGAAAGACUCUACUAAUACCGCAAUAUCCAUGAGGGAAUUUUGAAAAGUUUUCCGUAGGUAUCCUCUUCAUCUAAUUUUUCAGGAAAUAACGAAAACUGUCCAUAAGUGAAUGAAGACACUGCAAGUUUUAAUUUCAAAAUAAAAUUUUCCUUCCUAUGUGGGGUAGCAAUGAGUAAAACCAGGGUAACAUUGCAAGUUCCAUUGAUAUCUAGAAUUUGGGAAGAAAAUAGAAAAUCUAGAAAAAUGAAGAUGGUAGAUUUUCAUAAUAUAUUUUUUUUCUUUACUCUAGCUGAAAGCAUUGCAAUCAAAACGUAGAAUCUCAAGUGUCUCUUAGAGUUGCUUUAAAAUAGUAUGCAAAACUUACUGUUAAAAAUUCUAGACAGAAGGAAUGACAGCAAAUGCAUUCUCAAGAUUUCUUGAAAAACGAGUUCAACUUGAUUAAUGAUAGUAAUAACAUGUAACAUCAAACUUGCUGGAACUUUAGAUACUUGUCUUCUUUCGAUUUGAUUAUUCCCAUACUGAUAAUGACAAAAAGCCUGGAAGUUAUAGGGAAAUCCUUCAAUUUUAUCAAGGUCCAUUGUUAACCUGAACAGUAGCAACCAGUAGAAUUGGAAUUAUUGUUAAAAUUAUUAUCAAGCAAUCACAUCUCAGUGAAUAAAUUGUAACUAAACAGAAUUUCUAAGAAAGAAAUCAACUUUUUUGGCUUAUUGUUAGUGUAGUAUUCAGAUGUGUUUUUACUAGUGUAUGCAAGCACUUGGUUUUCUCUCGACACAUAGACACUGUCGAACCCGUGUUUCUUAAUCUCUUUUAUUAGUCAUCUGAUAUUACCUCUCAUGAAAAUUGCUGUAACAAUACCUACCUUCAAAGCCCAAGUCUCCCCCAGUUCCUCACUGCUAUUGAUCAUUUUUUUUCUCUGAAGCUAAAUAUUUGGUUUCUGCUUCUCUCAAAAUGCCUGAAGCCCUAUGUAGGUACCAACUAUAGAACUAUGUACUUUCACUUUUCGUCCCUCCAUAGUCAAGAAUCUUUUUCUCUGAAAACUUUUCCUUUGUGAGUAUACUAUUUCCCCCUUCUUUUUUUAUCUGAUGUCGCUUAAGAGUCUCAAAAAAUCCCAUGUAAGUGUAAAAGGUACUACAAAUUUGAUCUCAUUAGGUAAGUAGGAACCUACCCAGGUUAUCGAGAUAAUUUUGAAAGUAGUUCAUAAAGGAGAGACAUAAAAGUGAAAUGAGCUUUAUCACAAUUUCGUACAUUCCUUUUUUUUCUUUCUUUAUUUUCGAAAACCCCAUUUUCAAGCCAGAAAAUGUUGAAAGCAUAAUUGGACUACAUUUUGCAAUUAGAAACUACAAUUUCUAGCUCAGUUUAGAAAUAGGUAAUGAGUGUAUCAUUAGUUUCUCUAUGCACACAAGUGUUUUAACAGAUGACCCAGAUGUUGUUGUUCCAAAUUGCAAAGUGAAGUUCAAUUAAUGGCACCUAUCACUAGUAUCUGUACCAACACUGUAAGUUUUUCCUCCUUUUACAUGGUAAUGUGUUGGUAGAAUUUGUGUGGCUGUUUAAAUUUGGAACACUUUCCAGUGCAAUUUCUUAUAUGGUGGGUUUUCUCUUAUUAUUUAGGUACCCUUUUUCCUCUUUUUUUUUAGUUUGUUUUAUCAUCCGUGUUCGUAUGAUUUUGCAUUUUAUUUUGAUUUUCUUAUAUGUGCUAGAGAUUCACUGUCAUUAUUAUGUACAUCAUUUUAACCUAUUUUCGAAUAAUAACUUUUGGCUAAUA